GAAUGAUUGGGUUACUUAACGCUAUUCUUAUGGAGUAUUGUUAGAUAUGUACAUUCACAAACAAACAGCAGAGUUGCUAAUUGUUCAACUGUUCCCAAUGUGCAGGCAGAUUUCUGGAGAUGCAUAUGUACAUGACAUCUGCCCUCAGUAAAAAUGACAUGAAGGCCUUGGGUCUACAAAUGGCUCUGGAUCUUCUGGCAAAGAAGGAGAUGCGUGAUUCUAUUACAGGCCUACGCACCAGGACCCAGCCCGGCCGGCCAGACUGGAGCAAGGUUUUUCAAAGGAUUGCCGAGGAGAACAAGGGAAAGGUCCACGUGUUUUUCUGCGGUUCCCCAGUCUUGGCUAAAACAAUCAAGGCUCAGUGUGAGCGAUUUAGCUUCAAGUUCUACAAAGAAAACUUCCAGUGACGUGUUAUGGUUGUGCAUCAACGCGGGCUUUCCUCUGAUUCAAUGUAGUGGGUAUAGUGUACUGGAGCUCUCCCCUUCUAGCCUCAUGCAAAGCAUUUGCCCAGCAGGGUGCAGGAAUGUGCUUGAGUGAUCCAAGGUGGUGGAUAGAGAAACAGCUUAGACCACAGAAAGAGUCUAGACGCAGGAAUGAAGGAGAGUAACAGAGUCUGUAUUACACUAUUAGUGUCUAAGGGCUUGAAUAACGUCUGACAGCAUGAGGUUUAAGUGAGGAGAGAUCUUGUCUGUUUAUCUGAGGCAUAUUUUGGCUGAUUAUCAAUGGUUCUUUAUUGUCACGUAUGCACAACGCAGUGAGAUUAUUUUGCACAGUCGCCAUAUUUUGGCGGAAGAAGUCCAAAGUCCACCGCUGGGCAUCCACGCAUAUUCGAGGGCAAGCGUGCAUUUGAUUUAAUAUCACAUCCAAAAGAGGAUGCAGCAGUACUGUGCUUCUGUGUCGGUGCAGGGUUUGAACACACAACCUACUG